AUUUUUUAGUAGUUUCAUUUAAGCUCAAGGACACGGAGACGAUGGAGAUGGAGGCCACGGACAUGGAUGUCGAAGAACAACCUCGUUCCAGUCUCAAUCCAAACUCUUGUAAGCGGUUCGGUCUUAAAAACUCAAUUCAAACCAACUUCGGCGACGACUACGUUUUCCAAAUCGUCCCCAAGGAGGAUUGGACGGCAAUGGCGGUGUCGUUGUCAACAAAUGCAGUGAAGCUGUACUCACCAGUGACUGGUCAGUACUAUGGAGAGUGUAGGGGUCACUCUGCAACCAUAAAUCAUAUAUCAUGCUCAGGCGCGUCAGCUCCACAUGUAUUGCACUCUUGCUCUUCUGAUGGAACCAUUAGAGCUUGGGACACGAGGUCAUUCCAGCAGGUUUCAUGUAUAAGUGCUGGCGAUUCGCAAGAGGUCUUUAGCUUCUCGUUUGGAGGAUCAACAGAUAAUCUUCUUGCUGCAGGAUGUAAAUCUCAGAUAAUCUUCUGGGAUUGGAGGAACAAAAAGCAAGUUGCUUGUUUGGAGGACUCCCAUGUGGAUGAUGUUACGCAGGUUCACUUUGUCCCUGACCAUCGAAACAAGCUUGUUUCUGCAUCUGUAGAUGGAUUGAUAUGUAUAUUUGAUACUGAUGGAGAAAUCAAUGACGAUGAUCAUCUGGAAUCAGUGAUUAAUGUGGGAACUUCAAUUGGGAAAGUGGGAUUUCUUGGAGAGAGUUACCAAAAGCUUUGGUGUUUGACUCAUGUUGAGACCUUAAGUGUUUGGGACUUGGAAGGUGCAAAAAAUGAAGCAAGCUUCCAAGAUGCUCGAUCAUUAGCUUCUAAUAGUUGGACAUUAGAUCAGAUAGAUUAUUUUGUUGAUUGUCACUACUCGGAAGAAGCCAAGCGACUAUGGGUGAUUGGUGGUACUAAUGCCGGCACUAUCGGCUACUUUCCGGUAAACUAUAAUGGAGUGGCAGCAAUAGGAUCUCCAGAAGCAGUUCUUGAGGGCGGGCACGCAGGUGUUGUCAGAAGUGUGUUGCCCAUGUCAAGUAUGCAGCGGAGUGGCAUUUUUGGAUGGACAGGGGGUGAAGAUGGCCGCUUGUGUUGCUGGUUGUCUGAUGAUUCUCAAAUAAAUAGGUCAUGGAUUUCAAGCGAAUUCAUAAUCAAGUCACCAACGACUCGCAAGAAAAGUAGGCAUCAUCCCUACUAGCAACCCAUUUUUUAGUGGACUUUGUAUCCUAAUGUAUCUUUCUUCAUGGGUUUUUUUUUUUUUUUUUUUUUUUUGGCGUUUAUUUAAUUAGAUUCUAUUAGUUUUGUUUGCUUUUUUCUCUGUUUUUUGGGUGGGUGUGUGGAAGAAAGAGAACAAUUUUGUUUUCAGUACGGGGUGUGUCGAGUUGUUGUACUAUUAGUAUAAUCUUUAUCUACCAAUUAGAGUAGAGCACAGAAAAACAAAAUGCCUUUAUAAUAGAGGGAUAAAAAACAAAAAACAAAAAAAAACCACCAAA